AUGGCCGAGAAUCUAGAGACUUCAGAAGGUAACAUCCCAAUAACUCGCUCCCUAGCCGCCGCGCUGCGACGAAUCCGACGUGAGAAGUUGCCCGUGUCAAUCUGGGCCGAUGCCGUCUGCAUAGAUCAGCACAAUUCGGUCGAGAAGAGCGCGCAGAUCCGUUUCAUGCAACGGAUUUACCAGCAAGCAGCCGUGAUCCUAGCCUGGAUAGGCGAGUCCGAUAGCCAUAGCAGCGGCGCCCUUCGCUUUCUCACAGAACUUCAACAUGGUGGCCGGGUCAAAGCAAAACUUCCGGGAAGCAACGAUGCGAUCUGGGGCUCUCUAGACAGGUUACUUUCACGAGAGUGGUUCUCUCGCAUUUGGAUCGUCCAGGAGCUUGUCUUGGGCUCCAACGUCGAGGUCCUUUGCGGCAACCAAAGCAUCCGGUGGGAGGACUUCUUCGCCUCAACCGUCCUAGCAUGGCAAAAUCGUACCGACGCACUGCCCAAUGCCGAGGCAGCGCUCGCAAUGGGGUUUGCCCGGCAGCAGUUCAAGCAUACACGACACAAGCUUGGCUUCUUCGAAUUUCUCGAGUCCUUCUACACCAAGGCGACGAAAUGCGAAGACAAGAUGUUUGCCCUGCUGGGGAUCGCUUCCGAUGUUGCAGAGGAGGAAUUCGAUCCAGACUAUGGGUCCGGGGUCGAGGCCGUAGCGCGACGAUACGCAAUGAAGUUUGUCGAGAAGGGGAUGGUGUUGGAUCUCCUGUACCGAUCAGGAACGGGAAGGUUGGAAGGGCCAGCUGUUCCGUCACCCCUAGCGUUCCCAUCUUCGUCCUGGAUCCCCGAUUUCACAAGUAGCUCCUUUCCCAAAACAAUCUCCAAUUGGAGGAGUGGGACCAGAAGAUAUUUUGCCGGACACCGCGGCGUGCCGGAGGCUUCGGUGCAAAUUCCAGGUGUAGCGGGGAGAGGCAUGGCACACAAGCCAGUCCUGGCUAUAAGAGGGACUAUCAUCGACAGCCUUACAAGCACUACAAAGCUAAGGGUUGCUACUGGCAACUUUGCCUCGUUCACAGCGGCGAAUGAGGAUCUCGAAAGAUUCUUUACCUUUCUGUCCGAGUAUCCAACCGGUGAGUCUUUGGAAACAGUCAGGCUCAUGCUGGUCAUAGGGGGAGCCACCGGCCCACGCUCCCCAGAAUUGAUACUAGGCCGAUCCCAUUGGCCUCUCGACCAAGUACGUGACGCCAGCACCAACGUCCCAGAGAGCGGCACGUGGCCCGCAAAUCUCAAGGACGAGAUACUUUGCGCGAGACAGGGAGGAAACGUGGCCAUCUACACAGACCGUCCACGGUCUUCGCUGGAGACAGUCGUCCUGUAUUGGCGGACAGCCGCGGCAUUCACCAAGCACAUUUUCAGGGCGAAACUGUGCCACACCACCAAGGGGUAUGUGGGACUUGUCCCAGGAAAUGCCCGCCCCGGCGACAAGAUAUGCUUGUUCCGAGGCGGCGCAGUACCCUUCGUACUGAGGCCUGCAAGGGUUGCCGGCCAGUACUGGCUCGUGGGGGAGUGUCAUAUUCACGGUAUCAUGUAUAGAGAGGCUCUGAGAUGGAAGGAGGCUAAGGAGCCGAACAUUAUCUGUCUUGUAUAG